UCACAGUUUAAUAUCACAUAUAGAUCGCGUUAUCCAGAUGCGGUGUUUAUUUAGAUAAACUGUGGAUGGCUAGAGCGCUCCUGUCUACUGCGCACGCGCAAACCCCCCGAAUCCCUCCCCCCGCGAGUUAAGCCAGCACUAUUUCUAAACCCUGCAAGUUUUAGCGAAAAAUGGGCACUUCUUCAAAGGAAACGUGUAUUUAAAGACCGUGGCUGUUUGUGCUCAUGAUGCAGACUUCACAGAUAUCCCUGUGCUGUGUUUCAUCCACAUUGUGGCCAUUUCUCUGCUUUAGUCUGUACUAUGCCUGGUUUGGGGUUUACAGAGACCCAGCUGUAACUAGGUCGGGCUGGGCUUAAGCGGCUUAGCUACGUCAGUCUAAGCUGGGAGGAAUUCAUCCAAAGCCUUUCCCGAUAGGCGGGGGCCUAAAACGAGGCUGGCCUAGUUAAGCCUGAUUCUUAUUGUGUGCUGCACAGUCUGUCUUUGUUGUGAAACGUAGCUGAGAGGAAACACAGGAGUAGAGGUUCUGUCAUAGACCUGAGGAAUAGGUAAUGUUUGAUUCAGGGAAAGAGAAGAAAAAUUACAGAUGUGUGGGAGUUAGUCCCAGCUUUAAGAUGGACCAGGGGAAGGCAGCAGCAGAGCACCCUGGGAAGUGUCUGGGGAGUGCUAGCUUCAGUCUUGACCAGGAGAGGGCUGCAGCAGUGGCAGAGAACAUGGGAGCCAAAAGUCUGAACAAUUUAGGUGUAGGCCAGGAGAGAGUGAGAGCAGAGCACUCAGAUGGGAGCAGCCUGGGCAGUAUUGGCUUUGUGGACCACGAGAGACUAGGGCAAGACCAUGCGGAUGGGAACGGCACUGCAGACUUUGGGUUACUGAAAGGUGACAGUUUUAGGCCUGACUUAGUUUGCGUUAGUCCGCUAUACAAAAAGAUGAUGACCAAUAAGAUGGCCACGAGCAUGAUUGGCUCCAACUCCAUGUUCCUGUCCAGUAUGGUGGGCAAGGCGCGCUCAUCAAACUUCACUCUUUCGGAGAAGCUGGACCUGUUGCAGUUGGUGCGGCCUCACAUCCGCAUCUUGGAGGAGCACACCAACAAACACGCUGUCAUCGUGGACAAGAACAAGUGCUGGGAAACUGUGGCGGAGCAGUACAACACUUUAGGAGGAGACCGGCCCCAUCGUACCGCUCAGGGCCUCAGGACACUGUACAAGAGAUUGAAGGAGUCAGCUAAACAGGAGGUGAUGCUGCGGAGACACGCCCAACCUGAGUACAGAUCUAACAUCUCUGAGCCCACACGCAGAAUCAUGGAGAUGAUCCCUCACCUGUUCCAUCAUGUGCCCUUCAUCGACAAGGAGCCCGCCCUAUACAGAUUGAUGAUAAACAAACAUGGCGUUCCCAUCGAACAUCCCGGCAGCAGCUCAUCUUUGGCUGGACUCCAGGAUUUCUCAGAUGUCCAAAACAUGUCCCAAGAGCAGAUCCAAUCGGAGUCUGACAGUGAAGCUAGGCCCAGCUCGGACGACCAUGCCCCAAACAUACGCCCCGAGAUAGGACAGGAGGGGGGUGAAGAGGAGGAGGGGGAACAGGAGCUGAGCAGUAACCAAGACUACGACGGUUCUCUCUCCCCCGACUCCGUGAACAUGCCAAUGCCAGUUUCACCCGUAGCCAUCCGAAAUGACCUUUACCCCAACAACAUUUACCCCCAACACGAGGUGGAGAGGUUUCAGUCUCUGCAGCUGUCCCGAGAGGAGCAGGAACUGGUGCUGUCCAAUCACAGGAAGGUCGCCCUCUACCUACAAGAAAAGAGGGAAGCACUGAAGAGGAAACAGGAACUUGAGGAGGAACUAAUACGAGCCAAAAUUACAGUAGAGAUGCUCAGAGCGGAGAGGCUGAGGCAAGGACUGUCACUUCCACAGUAACCUGCUGUCCAGUGUAAACAAGUAUCUAGGCCUGUCACGAUAAUUAUUGUAUUGACUUCCAGAUAUGAUGCAUGGAAUGAACAUUUUUGGGGGUCAGUAAUUAUCUUUGUACUACUGGGGAACUUUUUGUUAUUUUUCUGCACUACGAUGAGAUUUGAGCUGUAGAGAGUUGAAUAAAUAACUUGUAUGGCCCAUUAUUAGAUACACUACUAAAGUUUUCAUUCUGCUAUUUAUUUAUUGCAGCUUUUAUACAAUUUGAGUUGUUUUUUUAAAAUAAUCCUACUUUGGGGUUAUUUUGUCAGUCGUAUAAAUUUGUUUCAGUAGUAACCUUUUCUUUAAUUUUUUAUAGCAAUAUAUCUCACUUCAAAAUGCAUUAUCGUGAUGAGCCUACAUUUAUCGUGGGUUUUUGAGCCAAUAGGAAAUCAUAGUAGUGCCUCUUAGAUUUAUAGUGUUACGUGGACAGUGGGGUAGCCAACAAUGUAACACUUAAAAGCUUAAUUACAUUUAAAGCCAAAUUAGGAAAAGCACUAUACACAUAAUAUUUACAACAACAAAAUAUAAGGCUGGGUUUAAAUCCGCUGUAAUUUCAUUGUUUUGACAGUCUAUUUAACGUAGUAAUACAUGGUCUUAUACUAUGAGUAGCACAAAAUCUUGUUACAAUCAGUGUUAUAUGUUGUCUCUGGGAUUGUUCAAUGUUCAGCCAAUCUCUGCCUGUUUUAUAAGGUCUAUCAAACAUUAAGGCUUGUUGUGUGUAGCAGUGCAUACAGAAAAAAAACUAAAUAACAAAUUCUGCCAUUACAGUUUACAGUCAUUAUUGAAAGCCUUAACUAUGUGGUAAAUGAAAAGAUAUGUCUUUCCAGUGUUUUAGUCUAGGCACUCAAGUAUUAAGGCUAAAAUGAAUGAAAUUAUUGUUGAUGUUUAUACUAUGUAAAUGUGUAUUGUAUUAUAUGUGUUGUAAUCUUUUGUAAAACUGUGU